CCCUAGAGAUCUCGAUCUACCCCGCCAGCACCCCGCCCCGUCGAUCGGCGACGCCCGAUUCGGCACGCCGGGGAGGAGGGGGGCCAUGGCCUCCAGCCUGCUCACCACGGACAAGAGAUGGGCUGCUCCUACAAGGAAAUCUGGCAUGACUGUUCUUGGGAAAAUCCCAAAGCCCAUUAAUUUGCCAAGUCAAAGGUUGGAAAAUCAAGGUCUUGACCCCAACGUGGAAAUUGUUCCAAAGGGUACCCACACAUGGGGCAGCAAACCGGGACCCACGACACCAAAUGCAUGGAAUUCAUCUUCACUUCUAUCUCCCAAGAAGGACGGAAGUAUUGGUGCUCCGAGCCAAUUCAAUGGUCGUCCCUCUUCUGGGGGAGGUUCAAGACCCUCGACAGCUGGAAGUGAAUCCCUUGACUCUCCCAAUGCUUGGGGUCCUAAUUCUCGACCGUCUUCAUCAUCUGGCACAUUACCGUCACAACAUUUACCAGUGGUCACAAAUCGUCCUCGAAGUGCAGAGACAAGACCAGGAAGCUCACAACUUUCUCGGUUUGCAGAUAAUCCUUCAGAGCAUAUGAAUGUAUCAAUAAGGACCUUCGAGAAACCGGGAUCUUCACAUGGGCAUGGGUUUACUCUAAGUACCGGUGAUUUCCCAACACUUGGUGCUGAGAAAACCUCUGACUCUAACAGUCAACGAGGCCACAGUUCAAAAGGGCGCCCAACUUCUAGCUCUGGUAAAGAUGGAGCCCAAAAUGAUCAGGGGAAGAGCCCAACUGCUGGACCUGGCGAGGUAAUUCGAUCACCUAAUAAUCAACCUGCGGAUAUCUUGAAGACAGAUCAGCAUGCACAUGAUGGAGGUGCUCCCUUUCCUGCCACUGCUCCACCAAACGAAGCUCAGCAGCCACAGCCAUACCCUCCUAACUAUGGUAUGCCCCCUCCGCAGUUUGAUUCAUGGCGUGCGCCUCCUGGUCACCCCCCUGAGGGAAUGUGGCAUAGAGGACCAGGUGGCCCAUACAGACAAGUAGGACCCCCGAGCAGUUUCCCUGUUGAACCAUUCACUUACUAUGGUCAGUUCCCACCCAACUCAGAAGCUGCUGCAAGGCAGGGCACAGGACAUGGUGGAUAUCACUCUAAAAAUGGAGAUGCAUAUCAUUCUAUGCGCCCUAAUUCUUAUGUUAUGAAUCAACCUGUUAUUCCAGUCAGACCAGUUUACCAGGGCCCAAUGCCUUACGAUGGAUAUUAUGGCCCUCCACGAGCAAAUUUCAAUAAUGCCAAUGUAAGAGAUGUGCCAUUCAUUGGAGGCUCUCAUCUACCAGGAAUAUUGAAUCAAUUCCCAAAUCACAACGACAAGUUCCAGCCUGGAAAUUCUCAGAGCAGACCAGUAAAACAUGAAGCAGUUUCCAAGGAGCUCAUGGAAUCUGAUAGAGUACAUUUGGUUCCUCGAGGACAGACUAGGAUUUUGCAUGAUAAUCCUGAUAGAGUAGGUCCCGGUGAAGUUGAAAGGAAGAUUCAACCUGUACCACCACUUCUUCCACAUCCAGAUGGAAAUCGGAAUGAUGUGAACUUGAGGGCGGAUACAAGGAGUACCUCUAGUGAAAGGAACAUGGUGCUUAUGAAGUCAGUGCAUGACCAGAGAGAGAGAGGCCCAGAUCGUUUAAGUCAUUCAUCUGUUUCGGAAAAUGCACAUUCCCAUCCCAGGGGAACUGAUGAUGUUGCCCUCCGUAAAAAGAUCAAGGAUGAUAAUCUUCCGCUUGAUCAGCAACCUAUCAUAAAGAAGAAUGCAGCUUUGAUAGAGAAAAUAGGGAGUUUGAACAACAAAGCUAGAAAUCUUGAUGCACACAAUGUUGUAGAUCCAUUUCCAAGUAAUAAGGACAUUAAAGAGAAGCAGCUAAAAAGUGCUGAUUCAAAAGCAGAUCAGGUGGUAAAAGGUGUUUCAUCUACUCCUGUCAUCACUGGUUUUGCUUCUGCAUCUAGCCAGGCAGCGUGUGUUUCUCCUAUUUCUCCUGUGGUACAGAAAUUGUCGACAGAGCCCAGUGAUGGUGCGGUUGUUGGGCCGCUACACUCGCAUGUUGCUGAAGCAAGCAAAGCUGGAAAGCUGGUUGGAUCAACUCAUGAUCGCACACGUAGGAGGGGUGAUUCUUCAAGAAACAGCCACCAUGGUCCUGCUAAAGACAUGCCAACCAACAACUCUGCAGUACAUGGGCGGGGAGAAAAUUCUACAACUGAAUCUUCAUCAGUAGUUCAAUUGAGGAAUAUUCAGCAUGACCAGCCUCCUGAGCAUGCUUCACAGCUGCCACCUGUGACAAUCACUGAUGAUAUGCCAGCUUCACCCGAUUAUGAAUUUCAGCGUGUAAAAAUGAAGGAGUUGGCUGUGCAACGUGCCAAACAGCUGCAAGCUGAGGAAGAAGAACGGACAAAGCGACAAAAGGCAAAAGCUCUUGCAAAAUUGGAGGAACUGAACAAGCGUUCAUCAGUACAUCAGAAGAACUCCAGUGAUCCACAACCAGAAAAUGCAGAUGUGCAGAAUAAGCAAAACGCUGGACUUGAUGGGACUGCUGAACCUGCGGUUUCAACUACUGAAUCGCGUAAUGUUACUGCAAUGGGUAAUGUUAGUAUUCUUCAGCCACCAAUUGAUCCCAAGGAUACUGCGGUUCCUGCACAGACCAUGUCUACUCUACCACAUACUGCAGGUAUAGCGAAAGAUCUUGCUGUUCGUAACACAUCAUCCUCAGGCAGGACCGCACAGAGCAGCAUGGUGGAGCAUGUAGCUCAUAAAAGUGUGUCGCAGUCACAUGAUGCUGGUGUUCCCAAGUCUAAGCAGGGCUACAGAAAAAGGCACGCUGUUCCAGAGGAUAAAACUGCUGGUGAGAAGUCUAGUUUGGUAGUAAGCACUGAAAAUCUGAAGAAAACUGCUGAAGCUUCCUUGGACACAUCAACUGCUGUUGUUAGAUCAUAUGAUGAUCCCCCAGCCCACAACAAGAAGAGUGCCAGGAACUCGAGAAAUAAGAAAAAACUAGAUGAUGCUCCAGCUACUUCUAAAAAUCUACCCGAGGUGCUUAAUCAGCAGAAUAUACCGAGCUUAUCCAGUGAGCCAAAACCAAAAACAGCUGGUGUUAUUAUCAGUAGUUCUAUACUUCCUACUGCAAAUACUGUGCUCACUGUGGGAAGUAUAACUGUGGGUGGUAUUUCAUUUGGAUCUUUCAACCAGGAGCGCCUGAAAUCACCAGAGGAAGUUCAAAAUACUACAAACAGCCGCCCAAGACCUCAGCAAGCAAAAGGAUCAAGAAAAACUAAUCAUGCUGUCCGACCUGUUGAGAAGCCACAUGGGAAUGAGGGUGUUGUGUGGGCACCAGUUAAGCCAUCAGGGUGGAAUGAAGUAUCUGAGGAAGCCGAGGUGGCUGUAGCAGCGCGGCCUAAACCAAUUGGUAAGUGUGUGAACGACGGGGACAAUGUUACAAGAACCAAGAGAGCUGAAAUGGAAAGGUAUGUGCCAAAGCCACUGUCCAAAGAGCUUCAACAGCAGAAUACAGAACAAAAUUUACCUUCAGACAAAUCCUCUGUGGAGAACAAGAGUAAUGAUAAAUCGGAUGCUGCAACUGAGCACAAGAAAUGGGAGGACAAGAAAACUAGUAGAGGGCAUGGGAAUGGGAAGUCUCAUCCUUCUUGGCGCAAGAGGAAUACAGAUGAAUCAGCUUUGGUGGUACCAGAUCCUUCUGAGCGACUAGACAGCUGUCAAGAAUCACACCAAGUUCAGAGGCCUUCUGACAAGCAUCAGCAGCUUGAACAUGACAAGCAAGCAGAUCAUACUGCUGGGAACAGUUUGGCUCCAACUCAAAUAGUUGAGUUACCUGUCAGUGCCCCUAAGGAACACACUGCAGCUAACAGGCAAAGGAGGCAGCAUGUCAAGGCCCCCAAAAACGAGGCAAGUAACCAUUCAAAUGAGAACAGAGAUAGGCAAGGCAGGAAAGAUGUGAAUCACAUGUCAACACGGGGAAUCGAUUUGAACUCUUCUGAACAUAGGAAUUUGUCGAAAUCUGAGGUGAAGAGCAGCGCAGCAGUUACACACGCCAGAGCACACUGGAAACCAAAAUCCUCACAGUCCCAGAACAACUCACAGGGUAAUAAUAAUGUGGAAGGUCAAGUGGAUAGCACUACCCUGCAAGACAGCAGCAAUCAAAAUCUUGCUGGGAACAGUUCCAGAAAUGGUGAGAAGGAUGAACAAAAUCAAGGUAAUGGCAACGCGGUGCAUGUAGAUGAUAACCAGAAGAGCGAGAGCCAGGAAAAUGCAGAACAGCAGCAGCUUAAUCAUGCAGCCCGUCGCCAGGGACAUCACAACGGGAGGUAUCAGAGGGGAAGGGGUUAUGAUGCUGGGCAGCCAAGCCACAACGUGAAUGCAGAAAGGCGGAGGGGUGGCACUCAUCUGGAAUACCAGCCAGUCGGUUCCCACAGUAAACCUGCAGACUUCCAGCAGAACCCAAGUGUCGAUGAACAGAACACGGGACAUCCAGCCCCUGGGCCGGUGUACAGGGAGCGCGGCCACAGCAAGAGCCACCGCCCUGGUGGUCACUUUGUCAAGCGGAACCCUCCAUCAGCCCCAGCUCCUAAUUCUUACCAAGAUGAAUGAUCUUCAUGUAACCCCACGUUCUUUGAGCUCGAGGAACUCGCUCUGAAUGAAAUAUGUCUGCACUCAAGUCUACUACCUGCACAGGGAGCAUCUGUGAUCUGAUUCCCUCGUGCCCAACAUGUUGAGAGGCUUACAGGUCGAAUGUGAUUGGCAAGAUGGUCGGUUGGAGGUCAGUAGUAGGUUGUUUUUGGUUACCAGGGCCGUUGGGCCAUCACGUGUGAUUGUUAAUUGUUGCGAAGAACAUCCCUUGCUUCGGUGAGAUGUGAUGCUGGAAUUUGUACUAACGGAGUUGAUUACGUACUUGGAUUAAACGCUAGUAGUAGUAUGUGCUAAUGGCAACGGAAGUAUUUUGCUUUUGUUGUUUGUGGUGUCUUACUGAAGAUGAAAGUUAGUGUCAUGUUGUAUUUGCGGUGACAGCGAUCUUAGGUUUGCCAGGAAUAAUUCACUUUUUUUGUGGGUUACAUGCUCGGUAUCCUAUGGGUAUGAAGCCCUUGUACAAUAUAUAUUACUAGUACUUAUUUUUAAUCAAAUCUGAGCUCCUGAUUUUAUGGAGCGAACCCUGAUGAUCUUGAUGAUCACGCAGUUGACAA